GUACUAGUAGUCACCAUGUCUUCACUCCUCACCAUCCUAACGACCAUCCUCACCCUAGGCAGCGGCCUCACCUCCGCAGCCUCCACAGCUUGCACGCGGCCCUUCCUGCAAAACCUCACCACAGCCUACAUCUCGGCCCAAACCUCCGGCCAACCCUCCCUGCUCGCCCCGUACACAUCGGGCUCCCCAAACCUGAUCUACCUCGAAAACAACCGCCUCGCCUCCCUCCUCGGGGGUAGUACUAAUACUAAUACCAGUACUAGUACUAGUGCUAGUAGCACCCUCUCCCAGCCACUGAAAAUCGACGUCGCCCGCUCGCUGCACGACCCAGACCAGUGCGCGACCUUCACCGAACUCAUCGCCGCCUCGGACCCGCACCACCCGCGCAUCAUCCACACGCGGGUCGUGGUCGACGCCGCCACGCUGAAGGCCGUGCUCAUCGAGUCGGUCGUUACCGACGAGGGGGACUGGCUGUUCAAUGCGACGGGGACGCUGCAGCUGAAUAAUGGGGAAAAGUGGGAUGUUGUCCCAGAGGGGAAGCAAGAAAGGAGGGAGGUGAUUCAGGCCGUGGGCGAUGCCUAUUUCGAUCGGUUUGGGAAUACGAGCGUCCAUGUCCCCUGGGGCGCCCCGUGCUAUAGGCUGGAGGGCGGGUUGCAGGCCAAGGGGGAGAUGAAUAACCGGACGGGGGAGUGUGUGAUGGUGUGGCCGAGUACGAUUGUCGUGCCGUAUCGGAGGUAUGUAGUGGAUGUGGAGAUGGGCGCGGUCGAUUUGUUUGUCGGGUUUCCGGGCUUGGACCGCACGCAGGGCAACGCGCCUAUGCCGGAUAGUCAUUUGUUCAGGGUGGAAGGCGGGAAGAUCAAGUAUUUGCAUACUGCGUCGGCUUGUGUGGUGGAUGGCUGUGGCUUGAAUGGGACCGUGUUUGGGAAGAGGACGUUUGGUGUCAAGGCGAGGAGGCAGUUGAGACCUGGUAGGCUGAGCGUUUGA